AUGGGCGGUUUUUUCGAUGACGGCGUUUUAGACCCCGCGAAAGCGGCUGCAGAAGCAGAAGCAUUGGCAAAAGCGGAAGAGGAUAGGCAAGCUGCGGAAAGGAAUCAAAACGAUAACUCUGUUAAGGCGGUUGGACUUUGUUUUGGUGUUCUUUCUGUUACUGCUAAGAAAGUACUCAGUAGUUACUGCUUUAUUUAGUGAGUUUUGCCUGUCUUAAAAGCUACAACAAGUACACGGGAGAGGACGAGAAUAACAAUAUAAUUAACUAGAAACGAGCAUGAACUAAAAACCUAACACCAAAACCUCUUCUACGACCGCUAACUUUGCGUCAGGCGCCUUCGGAUCAUCAUUGGGUACAGCAGGUAAAGGGACAUCCACAGGACUAGCAGAUGGACCCUUUGGCCAAGUUGGUGGUCAGAUUUUUGCUGCUUUUAACAAGGUUUUUGAUUUGGAAAACGAGGUGGGAGGAGAAGGGAAAACUACAAGUAGUGGACGACUUGCACUUGCGCUUAAUCUUAAGACUGCACUUAAGCCUUCUGGAGAUAAUUCAAAUUCAUCUUUGAGGAUUGCAAAUUUUCCUUUUGGAGUUUGUCCUGCUUAUUUUCAUUGCAAAGUAAUUUAGCGCUGCGCUUCGUGGCUUCGUGUUAUUUGAGGCUGCGGGGUGUCAUCGUAUAGUCUAGGGGUUGGCAUGCUAGCCAAUGAUAGACUUCAUGGAAUGGAGUGCAUCCGUGCAACAAGGUAUGGGCGAGUAUUCUCGUUAUAGAUAGUCUGAAUGGUUCUGGUAUUUUUGGUAUAGCCUGAAUUUGAUCCUAAGGGAAAACAAGAUGAGAACCCUUAGGAUCAAAUUCAGGCUAUACCAAAAAUACCAGAACCAUACAUAGAAGUCUCUAUCUUUCAAGGUGGAGGAUGAAUAGUUGCGGAGUGUAGUUGCGGAGUGUUGUUGAUCUAAUGCGACAGGCGCCAAGACCGGCAAGACAGCAGGAGGACGUCGAGCUGCAGAAGUUGUUGACCUUUUUCCUGAGACCAUAGUGGAAAAAUACGCAAAGAAGGAGGUUGGCGAUGGAGCACCAUUAGAGUUAAGGCUCGUCUCCCUAAUCUAUCUCUUCUCGUCUCGCUAAUCUAUCUCCUCUAUGUAUGUGGUUUGUCCGACCUUCAAUUUCAAGCACUUAUGUAAGUAGGAUAGAGGUUUAGAAGAAUGAGGGAAAGAGCGCAUCCACAUGCUGGAUUGUUAUUGUUAUACAGUACGAGUACAGGCUCAGGCCGCAUUUUUAUAGUCAUACCGUAUGGAUUAGCAGGAGGACGAGGAGUUCUAAUAUAGGCGUGGGAUGCGGCUGAGUUUGAUUUCUCCGCUUACGCCAUCGAUUUCGAAAAGAUUAGAGCUGUUUUAUUUCAACUUGGCGGAGCUUGUAAACGGGUGUCAAAUUACGGGCUUCACCUAUAUAUAAUGAUAAUUAUCUUUGAGUGUGGAAUUUUAAUAUAGGAUUAAGUAGUCUCUCUCACGACGUCAUACAUACAUCUUUGAGGCUUCAACAACUGAUAAUGAUUCAAUAAUUGAGGCUAUCCAUCUUCAGAGAACAAGUCAUCCGAGAAGAGAGGCUUUUCAAGGAAGUGGAAUAAGAGGCACCUCAGACGUAUCUCGAAUCGGCUUAGGGCGGGCUCUAAUGAAACUUCAAACUUGAGAAAAUGGCGCCACAGACGUUGAAGAAAACGCUGUAUUUAUCUCGUGUGGAUGCUGAGAGUAUGAAGAUAUUUCCGAAAUCCGAUUCAUCGUGGCUUACCGGUGGAGGUGACGACUUGCCUAGUUUGAUUGCAGACGAGUCGGCACAAAAACCGGUUUGGCGCUUCCGAAACCUCCCAUUACCGUCGCCUUUCUUCAAGGCGACAAAGAAACCAAGGGGCGAUGGAGGUGGAGGGCGAGUUAUGUUGAUUUGUAGUUGGUGCACUUCCAGAUCUAGAGACUUGUACUCUGUGAUAGUCGUCUUGAGCUUGAGUUAUAUCAUUCAUCAAAUGACUAGUAAAGUAAGUGUAAGAACAAGAGUUAGAGAAGUGUGAUGUACUUAUUAAUUUGAAUCGUGGUUCCUACAGAUGACUUGGCCAGGGAGUGCUGUUAGACACGAAACACUUCUUGACCAUGACCAACAGGCAGGAUCGUUUUUUCCUACUUUUCAAUAUUCUUCUUCUAACAAAUACAAAAGUAAUGCCAGAGGUGGAGGUGGUAAUUCCAAUCGUGGCGCUGUGUCCGGGGAAGCGAUCCUGCGACCUCAAGCAGAGGUUGCGGAGGAUAUUGCGAUCGCAAUGCAAAAUGUUGGGUGAUUGAUUCCAAGAAAAAUUGUAUGCAAGUUUGGGUACUACCAUUUUUUUUAGUUGAUUCAACUACAACAUGAGUAGCUCUUUCUAGCAGCACCAGCUGCAUGAUCCGUUGGUAAUAUGUCUGGAGAUUAAGAUGAAACAGCAGAUUAUGGUCGUUAUGAGUAUGAAUAUCGUUCAAAAACAACUUUUAACGGCAACGCCAGGAGCAUGUUGUACUUACUUCAUUUGGUAUCUUCCCUUCUAGUAAAUAUGUGCAUGUAGAUGUACCUGCCCAAAUUAGAUUUUAGUUUCGUUUAGCUUUUUGUUUUUCUGUCGUCUGAAAUUAAAUAGAGUAUAGAAUGUGAUGGGUGUCGCGAUGUGAUGUUUUGCGAAUAAUGUGAGGUGGUGCGAAUACGCAUCAUCUGUAGGUGGAGGAACAUAUUCUACAAUUUCACCCUUAGAAUUACGGGCACGAAAUUAAAGCAGUGUCAACACUUUCUUCGGGAGGGUCUAGCAAGUAAGUACAUCAGUCUGAGAAGUAGAGAGAACAAGAAAAUGUAGCUGUGGAGAGUGGUACCACGAGAGCAAGGAUCGUGCUGUCUUAUUGCGUUCGAUUCCUGACACCUAAAAGACGAUGGUCCAACGCGUUGUUAAUAACACGUCCAGCCGCGUGUCGGCGACUCCCGUUUCACCACCUUUUUGAAGGAGCACAAGAAACUAAGCGUGAUGGGAG